GAGGCUGAAGCAGCGCGCGAGCUCUGCGGUCACCUGCAUGAUGUCAUCAAUGCGGGGUUAAACGUGCCGCGAGCCACCGGCCGAUUCACGACACUGAACCGAAUCACGCGCAGCACCGCAGCCUCGCGCCACACAAUAGAGUCGCAGAACAAUAGCCGCGCGCGGCGCUGCUUUUCCAGCCUACGACGGCGAACGGGCCUAGUUCGUGCGGAGGAGUAUCACCGGGAACGCGUUGAAAGCGCCGCGCUGCGGCGAGAACGGGCCGUUGUGUGUAUUUUGGAGCCCCUCGGGAGGAAGAGCCGCGGAGCACGCGGAACGCGCUGCGGGGGGAGAGCGAGGCGGACCGAGUGCAGAGAGAGAGGCGGACAGAGAGAGGAGUGAAUGGGCACGACUGCGCCCUCCGCCUCACCGAUAUCCAUCCGUUCUCUACCGACACAGUUAGACCACCGCGGUCCUUCAGGCAGGCCAGCCCGGAGAACCGGAGCCAGCGGCAGCCAGCGGGAUGGCAUGCGCAUGAAGCAGCGGCGGGCGAAGAAACAAGGAAGCGGACGGCUAGCUGCGCUCAGCACGGGCUAACGUGGGCUGAUUGUUGGCGGAUACCGAUUCUAAUGAGCGACCCAGGAGCAUGCGAGCUGAUUCAGAGAGCUGACUUGUUCGGUGAUGUCGGGCAGUAAGGCGCUGGGCGGGGGGGCCGGCGGGGGGGCGAGGCGCAGGCGGACGCGGUGCCGGCGCUGCCAGGCCUGCAUGAGGACGGAGUGCGGCGAGUGUCACUUCUGCAAGGACAUGAAGAAGUUUGGCGGGCCCGGUCGCAUGAAGCAGUCCUGCCUCCUGAGACAGUGCACGGCGCCGGUGUUGCCUCACACAGCCGUGUGCUUUGCGUGUGGAGAGGCGGGGAAGGAGGACACGGUGGACUCAGAGGACGAGAAGUUCAGCCUCUCGCUGAUGGAGUGCACCAUCUGCAACGAGAUCAUCCACCCCAGCUGCCUCAAGAUGGGCAAAGCUGAAGGAAUCAUCAACGACGAGAUCCCGAACUGCUGGGAGUGUCCGAAGUGCCACAAGGAGGGCAAAACCAGUAAGGACCAGGCGGACGGCUCGGGCAAACGCAGGCUGGAUAAUGGCGAGGUGGGCCGGUGGAAGCUCACCGAUGACCCGCCUCCUAAAAAGAAAGCCCCACCCACCUCAGAGGAGGGCGGGCACAAGAGGAAGAAGGAGAAGGAGCUGCCUGCGGACAGCGGGCCCAAGAAGAAGAUGAAAGGAGGCCACGAGAAGCGCCUGAAGAAGAAACCCAAACAGGAGGCGGCGGAGUCCAAUGGCCCCUCCUCCUCUGGGGGCGGAGCCUCAGGGGGGCAGGGUUCCUCCACCUCAUCUUCCUCGCAGCCCGGAGGAGGCGGCGGUGUGGGCGGGACGUCGAGCGCCGACCAGCGUUCCCAUCACAGAGAGAAACUGGAACGAUUCAAGAGGAUGUGCAUGCUGGAGCGCCGGCCCUCCUCCUCCUCGUCCUCGUCCUCCAGCUCAGAGUCCGACUCGGAGUCCGACUCCGACGACUCCCUGAGGGGGGAGCAGGGGAGGGUGUCUUCCCCGUCCUCGUCCUCGCCGGCCCCGCCCCCUCCCGUCGUCUACAGCAACAGCAGCGGCAGUCGGGCGGAGCGGGAGAGAAGGGAGAGGGAGCGGCGUCUGGCCGAGCUCGGCUUCAGUGCCAGCGAGGAGUCGGAGGGCGAGGGAGGGAGGGGCGAGGAGGACGAGCGGGAGGACGAGCCGGCGGGGGGAGACAAGUCCCGUCGGAGAGGGGAGGCGGGGCUGUCUCAGAGGGGACGCAAAGGCGGGCUGAUGGAUGGAGAGGAUGACGACACGCCCACUUUGGACAGGACCAGGAAAAACUCCGCCUCCCUGCCCCCGCCCUCGCCGCUGUCCUCCAGUCAGAUGGCUCCAUCCUCGCAGCACGACGGCUUCACAGGGAAGCAGCGCAGCAACGGGCAGGAGGCGCGCAACGGACGGACACGUGGAGGCACGGGGGGAGGAGGGGGCGGGGAGAAGGAGAACGCCAGCGGAGCUCUGACCAAUCACAGACACGGUGGAGCGGGGGGGACCAAAGGUAGCGGCAACCGUGGCAACAAGAUCCGAAACAACAAGAACCAGACGUCUCGAAACAGCUCCUCCUCCUCCUCAAUCCCCACCUCCAACGGCGGGGGGGGCGGGGCCAGCGGACUCAUGAUGUCAGCCAUGGCGGCGUCCCCCUGCUCGCAGCCGUCCCGCCUCGGCCCUCGCUCUCAGAUGAUGAAGCGCAGCCCGCCGGCCGUACCCUCGCCUCCCCGCCCCGUGCAGAUGGAGAGGCACCUGGUGCGUCCCCCGCCGGCGUGCCCCGAGCCCAGCUGCCUGCCGCUGGACUCUGGCACCGCCCACAUCAUGACACGGGACGUGUGGCUGCGAGUCUUCACCUUCCUGAGUCACAGAGAGCUCUGCGUCUGCAUGAGGGUCUGCCGCACCUGGAGCCGCUGGUGCUGCGACAAGAGGCUGUGGACUCAGAUCGACCUGAGCCGGCAGCGCUCCAUCACCCCCCCCAUGCUGAGCGGCAUCAUCCGCCGGCAGCCCGUCUCCCUCAACCUGGGCUACACCAACAUCUCCAAGAAACAGCUGAUGUGGCUCAUCAACCGCCUGCAAGGUCUGCUGGAGCUGAAUGUGUCGGGCUGCCCGUGGGCGGCGGUCUCCGCUCUGUGUCAGGCCGUGUGCCCCUGCCUGAAGCUGCUGGACCUCAGCAGAGUUGAGGACCUCAAAGACUCUCACCUGAGAGAGCUGCUGGCGCCCCCACCUGACACCAGGACAGCCCACGGGGAAACCAGAGCGGGGCGUUUCCAGAAUGUGACAGAGCUGCGUUUGGCGGGUUUGGACCUGACGGACGCGUCGUCCCGCCUACUGAUGCGCUACGUUCCUCACCUGGCCAAGUUGGACCUGAGCCACUGCGGGAACAUCACCGACCAGACGGUGCACACGCUCACCUCCCACAUCUCCCCCCUGAGAGAGAGCCUCACCCACAUCAACCUGGCAGGUUGUGUUAAGGUGACGGAGCAGUCCAUCCCGCUGCUGCGCCGCUGCACCUCCCUGCAGACGGUCGACCUGCGCUCCUGCUCGCUCCUCUCCUCUGAGACCGGACAGCUGCUCUCCUUCCCCUCCAAUGCCACCUCCUCCUCCUCCUCGUCUUCUUCCUCUGCUACCACCACCGCCAGUGUCGCCGCUACAUCCUCCUCCACGCCUGCCGCCUCCUCCUCCUGUCCUCCUGAAGACAGAACGCUGCUAAAGAACAGCUAAAGUCCGCCUUCAUGUCAUGUGACACUCGCGUUCAGGUGGCCCGUGCGCCUCGCUCCUCGUUACACUACAGACAGGUGAGGAGGAGGAGGAGUCGCUCCUGACACUGGAAGAGGAGGAGGGACGUAUUUUGGGAAAAAGUUGUUGGUUAUAGUUAAAUAGAAACCCUGAGCAUGUAUAUAUUUGUUCUCUGUAUAAUUUGGGUGUGUGUAUAUAUCUGUAGGUUACUGUAAAUGACCCCUGACCUUUGAACCAUCAUCCCACACCUCCUUAAACUCCCCCAUCUCCUUCCUUUCCGUCCUUCCACCCUGCGACCGAUCAUCACGCCGGUCAGCUGCUCGUCGAGCGAACUCGUCGAGCGAACUCGUCGAGCAAACGCGCCGCGCUCCGUCUGUGCAGGUCAAGCUUUCCCUCUGCUUCCUGUCUCACAGCAUCGUCCGCCUUUAUUUUCUCGUUUCCCGCCUGAAGCGUCACUGACCUCACACUACACUUUUCAUGUCCUCUGCACACGCCACAAAUCCAUCGACCGUCAAAGUUCAUUCAGACUGACCUUCACUGAACUCGUCACGUUUCAGCCGCUCGCUGCUGAGCGACUCAAACUCGGGCAGAAACCAUCAAUCGACUGUUUCUGGCACCUCUUGUGGUUUCUCUCUCCAAGUUUGCCGUGAUUUGAGUAAAGACUUAAACACGCUCACAGCAGGUCAUCGCUGAUUUAGUUUCGUUUCUUCUAUUUGACCUCUGACCUCACCGAUGACUCCCCUGUAAAUACAAACAGCUGAGUGCGUAUGAAUCGAUUAAUUGCCCAAAAGAUCAGAAAGAGUUUGUCACUAGUUUGGUUUGGUCCAACACACCGUCCACGAUGUCACCGUGACCGACCGACAUCGGGAAGGAACCAGAGGGAAAAUGGCGAGGGAUGGAUUCCUGCUGACGCUCGUAUUGGGUCGUUCACGUAGGCGAACCUCGAGUGUCGUUUUCGUAACACUGAUUUCUGCUGCUCUGCAGCUUCAGGCGGCACAGUUUUCUUUUAACGAGACCAUGAUGAAUGUACUACAAACACCACGAUGGAGCCGACGUCCGUGUUCGCUGGCUCAGUUUCACCUGCAGUCUGAGCAGGCUGUGGAAGCGUCCGCACCGCCCGACUGACUCGAUUUCAGACUAAGAUCGUGCUGUCAGAGUCCCACCACCCGCCGAAAAUUGGCGCCAUCUUCCUGUUACGCCCCAGCAGGUCCUCCAAGUUCCUAAACCGUGACGAAAUCUUCUGCAGUCAAAACGGAGGCGUGGCUUUCCUUAGCGCGCAGGCGACCUCCGUCAGCUGACGACAUGAGGACAGCCGUGUCUUAGCUGCUUUAAACGUACCGACGCGGUCCACAGGGGGCCGUCCUUCAGCUCCUAAUAUUUGAUGUUCCGCUCCAAGACUCAUCUUAGGUCAACGUGUGGAAGAACGUGGUGGAAAUGAGUUUUGAAGGUGAAGCAGGGAUCAGUGCUGAUUUAAAAACCUCUCUGUAGCUCCGCCCGCUCGAUCAGCCGCUGAGACUGGUGGGAGGCGGAGCAAGGCUAGUGGUCUCCCCACGCUUCCGGUGUUCGUGCCCAGCGAGGCUGCAAACUUCACGUGUGGUACUAUUAAAGGAGUCUUCCUGUAUCGCAGGUGAGCUUUGGCCAUGUGUGGGUUGUUCAGGUGUUCCUCCCUCUGAGCGUGAUCAGACUGGUCACGCUGUUUGAAACUGAGCCUCAAUCAUCCCCCUUUGAUUUUACACCCUGUGUCCAUCACCUUCGAUCAGCUUCCUCUGAUCAAUCAUCAGUUUUCUCAGGAGUAUUUGUUGUCUUUGAUUUUCUGUUUUCUAUUUAUUUUGUGCCACAGCAGCGCUUCCAUCUGCUCCGAUCGGAGACAUUCCUGUUUUUGGCUGCUCGCGCUCCAUUUGAUCAGCUUCCUGUCGUUGCAUCGUUCAGAUUACUUUGAGAAAUACGAAUCUGUUUGCUGAAGAAACCUAUUUCUGCCAGGAAAGAAAAACAUGGAUGAACAGUCCAAAAUCGAGUUCGCAGAAGCACGUCUGGACUUGUUUUAUAAAUCGUGUGUGUGUGUGUGUGUGAGUGAGAGAUGCUUUUGUUUUAAGAAUCUUAAUUUAGCAUAGACUUAUUUUAUCAUAUCCCUAAUUUUUCUUGUGAUCUGCCAUCAGUUGAUCUUGUUUCUUGUCGUGUUCUUGACUCGUCUCAGGUUAUUUCUUAAUUUUAGUCACUCUGUAGUUGCGACUGAGAAAAUUAAGUUGAUGACUUUGGGUCUUAAGUUGUUUCAUUCAUGAAGCGUUUGUUUUCUUGGCUUAAAUGGGCUUCGGUUGUUUCUUGUGGGCGUCAGUUAUGAAAAAGCAUUCAGUUGUAUUUGACUCAAAGGUUUUUGUUUGUUUGUUUUUCCCGUGUUUCCAUGGAUAAAAGCAGGGAAUUUCAAUUAUAAAGUCGCACAGAUGUUUCAUAAAUCACGUCCAGAUACUCAGCUGUAAAUGUUGGGUUUAUUUUUCUUAAUGUAUGUGAACUGCCUGAGUUUCCUCUGGGUGGAGGGUGGUGUUAAAAAUGUUUUUUUUUUAUUUUAUAAUGUUUGUAUUUUAAGGUGUACACGUCUGCGACACAUCAAAUGGUCGAUCAAAUCACAGCGGUUUUAAUGACUAAAACUUACUUUUCAGGGUAGACUAGAGUAAAUGGAUUGCCUUGAACCAGCUGGCAAGUUGGUUAGCUGCAGUCAGUGCUGCUUUACCUCCGCUGCUCAAAUAUCACUCAAACUAUUCAAACUAGUGGACAACAACGUCAAAUUAGUGAAAACGUCCUCUAGCUAGCCACACAUUAGCGACAAUACCCUUUUUAAUUUAGGGAUUUAUUGUUGUUAGUCAGCUAACACGCUAACACUAGCUCUUUAAGGAUAAAAAUAAAAACUAAAGAAUUAUUGAGUAAAUUGCAUGGAGCAAAAUAGCUAAUAAUAUAAUGUUGGUACUUACAUGAGAAUCUAGACAGGAAUAUUAAAAACUGAGGGCGGGAAAUAAUUUGUCAAGUUAAUUUAUAACCGCUAAAGAUAACAGAAUUAGUUUUAGCUAGCUAAAUUAUUACAGUAUAAACUUAAAAAAAACAUACUUUUUAAGGGAGAUUUUUAUUUAUCAAUAAGCUAACAAGCUAAUUCUGUUUAAUUUUAGCUUUGAAACUUGUCAGGAAAAUUCCAAAAUAAGCAGGAAAAGGGUCGGAUUUAUCAGGCUAGCUGAAGGUAACUGCUAACGCUGUAGAGGUUUAUGGUUGGCUGGCUAAGAACACCUGAUACUGUUAAAGUUUAAAAAAAGAAAAUGAGCGGGAAAACGGCUACAUUCUUUAGGCUAGCUCAGACGACCUAAAAACCCAGAGGUUUAGCUAACAUUGAUUCAGAACUUGGUCAGAAAAAUAAACAUGGAGGAAAAAAUUAAACAGGUCUACAAGUUUAGGUUUUGUUUUUUGUUUUUUUACAUGAUUACAUUUUCAAGCUAAUUGGUGUUAGCUUGUUGGUUUAGAAUAAAGUGUUCACAUACUUCUGGGGACAUGAUCAUAACUGUUUACUGUCUGCUAUUAGUCAUUUUCUGCUGUUUGUUUUAAAUAUGUUAACCGUUGCCCGUGUUCAAUUCUUAGGGAAAAAAUGCAGCGUCAGCACCUUCUGUUAGUUGGUAUGAGUGAAUAUUGCAGCGCUGCAGCCGAGGUAUCGCAGUGUUUCCUGCAGCAGUGCAUUGACUUUGGGCUGCUACCGGCUGUGAAAUAAAAGUAUUAUGGGUAAAUUUGAAAUCGCCUGUGACGCCUUGUUGUGCCAUAAACGCAUCAGAUCAACUGUCAGCAUGUGAAUGGGUCAUUUUUUAAAAUCUCUUAUUUUUUUCUAUUUGUUGAGUUGUUGUUUUCUUUUGUUUGUUUGUUUGUUUUUCCGUGGGGGUGGUGUGCUCUCUGCCGCUUCAGCUAGCAACAAAUGAGGAGGUCAAAUGUGAUUGGACGAUAAUUGCUAAGUAAUGAAAACUGUUUUCCAGUCGGACACCUGCGCUCUCCUCGGGAUCUUAGUAAAAACUGAAUCAUGUGGUGUUUGAUAUCUUUUUCUUUUUUCUUUUUUUCUUUUUAAAGAUGCACUGGAUCAUCAUCUUCAUCCCCACCUUUUGCCAAAUGUAGUUUUUGUUGUGAAAAGGGGCAUUUUUAUCCUGUUUUCCCUCUGUUGGGUUCUUUUUAUACUUUGUCCAUGACUCUUCCAUUGUGUUGAUGUUUAAAAAACAAAAGGAAAAAAAAAAAGAGGAAGAUGUUGGAACAAACGGUAAAUAGACACAAAAGACCAACUCAAGGCAGCUACGUAUGAGUGACUACUGUAAAAUGACUAAUAAAGAAGCAAUGGGUUUGUUUUUCA